AUGGGCAAUUACUAUUACAACAUGGCUGUAACAGUGCUCUUGGUCAUGAACUUUGAGAGGACAGGAGCAGUACAGGAUUCCUGUGGGGACUGCCCAGCUGGUACUUUCUGUGAGAAGAACAAGAAUCAGAGAUGCAUUCCUUGUCCUGCAAAUAGUUUCUCCAGCAUCGGUGGACAGAAGGCCUGUAACAUAUGCAGGCAAUGUGAAGGUGUUUUCAGGACCAGGAGGGAGUGCUCCUCCACCAGCGAUGCGGAGUGUGAGUGUAUCCCAGGGUUCCACUGCUUGGGGGCAGGAUGCACCAUGUGUCAAAAGGAUUGCAAACAAGGUCAAGAAUUAAAAGAAGAUGGUUGUAAAGACUGUUGCUUUGGGACAUUUAAUGAUCAGAAACAUGGCAUCUGUCGCCCCUGGACAAACUGUUCUUUGGAUGGAAAGUCUGUUCUUAUGAAUGGGACAAAGGAAAGGGAUGUGGUAUGUGGACCACCUGCGGUUGACCUCUUUCCAGGUACAUCCUUGGUCACUGUUCCUGCUCCUGGGAGAAAGCCAGGUCACCAUCCCCAGAUCAUCACCUUCUUGCUUGCACUGACAUCAGCUGCUGUGUUUUCCCUGGUGGUGUUCCUCGUACUUCAUUUCUCUGUUGCUAAAUGGGGCAGAAAGAAACUCCUGUAUAUAUUCAAGCAACCAUUUAUAAAACCAGUACAAACUGCCCAAGAGGAAGAUGGCUGUAGCUGCAGAUUUCCAGAAGAAGAAGAAGGAGACUGUGAACUGUGA